CGUGCUCUGAUGGAGCAGCUGCUUGACCCCGAGGCGGCGGUGCAGAUCCGGAGGCGCCGCCCCACCCCUGCGACCCUCGUGCUGACCAGUGACCAGUCAUCCCCAGAGAUAGAUGAAGACCGGAUCCCCAACCCGCUUCUCAAGCCGGCUCUGUCCAUGUCUCCACGGCAACGGAAGAAGGUGACGAGGACCACACCCACAAUGAAAGAGCUCCAGAUGAUGGUUGAACAUCACCUGGGGCAACAGGAGCAGGGAGAGGAGUAUGAAGGAGCCACUGAGAGCACAGGGACCCAGGAGUCCCGCCCAGCUGGGAUCACAGACACAGAAGCGGAGUCAAGGCCGGGCACCUCUGGGAAAGCACACAAACCUGCAGAAUCCAUCCCGAAAACUCAGGGGAGGGGCAGUGAGAAACCCAGCACAGAAGACCCCUCAACCCAUAUACCACCACUGGAUUCCCAGGGAGCCAACUCGGUCUGAGAGUAAAGGAGGUAUCUUGGAAUCAAGACUGCAGUUGGGAAUGCAUGGACACUGGAAUUGUUUCUUAUUUCUUCACUUUUGGGGAAAAUUUCUUGUUUUUAAAAAGUGAUAAAUUUGGUGUUAAGUCCUUGGCACUUUCCUUCUUUCCA